AUGGCAUCCGAGGCGACCAACUCUCCAGAAUCCUCUGCACCCCAACCUCCAGCAAACGAAGCAAUCCCCGGAGCUUAUAGAUACCCUCCUGAGCGUCCUCGUCGCCGUCUAACGCGUGGUUUGAGUCCUGUAAAGCGUGCUCAGAUAUUGCGAUAUCUCCUUCUUGGAUGGAGACCCGAUAACAUCGCCAGCGAGUGUCAUGUUGCUGUCCGCACUGUCUAUAACAUCCAGAACAACUUGAUGAGAUAUGGAAGCGUCUGCAGGCCGCAUUACAGGCAGCUGGGUCGAGCUCAUAAGCUGUCAGACGCGGAUGAAGAAGCUCUCUUCCAAUAUUUGCUAUCUGAAGGAUGGAGGAGCCAAGAUGAACUAGUUUACUGGCUUUGGCAUGAGCGAGGAGUCUCAGUCAGUCAGUCCACAGUCUCUCGUUUACUAAAGCGUCGGAAUUGGACGAGGAAACAGCUCAGGCGUAUCUCUCUGGAUCGAAGCGAGGCUCUUCGUCGCGCGUAUCUCGAUGACAUACGGCGAUUUGCAGCGGAAGACCUUGUAUUUGUGGAUGAGUCUAUAUCACGAGAAAACUGCUGGGGCACACGCUACGCUCAAUGCGAUGAGCUCGGAUAUUGGACUUCUGAGGAUUUCAUCGAGUGGGUAAAAACACGUCUUUUGCCUGCAGUCAACCAACAACAUCGUCAGCCCAUGGUUAUUGUUAUGGAUAACGUGUCUAUUCAUAUUAGCGAGGAGGUGACUCGUAUGAUUGAGGCCGAAGGACAUCUCAUACGAUUCUUGCCGCCAUACUCGCCAGAUUACAAUCCAAUUGAGCUUACUUUCUCGGUUCUGAAGGCUUGGAUGAAGCGUCAUUGGGUGUUCCUGCGGCAGAAUUGUGAUUCUUAUGGCGAUUUCCUAGAACUGGCCAUCAGAGAGAGCAGAUGUGACCGUUUUGCACGAGAACAAUUCCAUCAUGCUGCUGGAGGUGUCUAUAUAGAAGAAGAAGAGCUCAUCCGCUUCCGCCGAUUCAUUGAGCGGUAUGAGAAAGAUGAUAGUAUUACUAUAUAA